GACAUGCUCAAGAUAUUGUUUGGCCACUGACUGCGCUCAGACGCUCAUGAGUACCACAGGCUGAAGAAGUUCCAUCAGGCUAAUCAGUCGUCAUGAUUCAUCCUCCUGCCAUGGGCGGAAAAACCGCCUGGGGCGUCUCCCGCGAGACUGUCCAUCGCGGAACAGAUGACCCAGAAGAGAUCCGCAUGCUGAAAGAAGCUCAGGGCUCUUUCAAUGCGCGAGAAGAGGAACGGCUCAAGCGACUGCACGAAAUGGACAAGAACGCUGCACAGAUCUUGGAGGAGCGGCGACAACGAAAGAGCUCAUUCGACCCCAUGCAGGUUUCAAAGCGGGGCGAUGUGGAUGCGUUUCGGAAGCAGCAAGAGGAAGCGCUGUUAAAGAUGCAGGAGAUGAAGGAGCAGAAGCGGAACGAGAAGCGGCAAAAGAAGCUGCUGGAGAAAGGCGAAAAGAAGCCGAAGAAAGAAAAGAAGAAGAAGAAAGGCAAGAAGGAAAAGAAAAAGAAAGACAAGAAGGACAAAAAGGAGAAAAAGAAGAAGAAAAAGGAGAAGAAGAAGAAAAAGAAGAAGUCAUCUUCCUCAUCUUCGGAUGCCUGGUGGCAAACCAUCGAAGUAGGUCAUGAGAAUGAGAUCCUUGGAGCUAUGCAACAUUAUGCAACACAAUGGACGAUUUGUGAGUGUCCAAAUAAGAAUUUUGCUGUGUUGGACACAAGGUGAGCAAAUGGUUUCUGAGGAUAGCUCAGAUUCAUCUGACU